UCUAUGUUGGGCGAUGAGCAGAUGGACGAUGAAGCGGGUUGGCAAUGCGUGAUCGUGGUGCCCCAUCGAUGAACUGCUGCUGUGGUUGAGAUGUCCUUUCUGAGAGGCAAACUGGGUUGAGUGGAAGGGGGUAUGUAUGAGAACAGCUGCUGUGGUUGAGAUGAGAUGUCCUUGCUGAGAGGCAAACGCGGUUAAGUGGAAGGGGAUAAGAGAACAUACACUAUUGUUUCACUGUUUGGAAACGGAAGGGGAGGAGAGAGAGAAGAGGGGAGAGAUUUAAGUUAGUACUAGGAGCCUCUACUUGUACAUUCGCACAUCUGCGCGUAAGAUAGUAAGCUACUGUGAUGCGCAUGAUCGAUCUCAGCCGCGUGGUAGUGGAUGAUUGACCACAAAGCAGCGAGGCUGAUGAUUGACCACGAAGUAAGCUACUGUAUGCCCGUCGAUUUGGAGUCGCGCGGGCAGCGCUAGGCGAUUUGUUUGCACAUGCGUUGCGUGUGUGUGCGCGUGCCGUGCGCCUACGUCUUUGCACGGAACCGAUUCUUACGUCUUUGCGCGGGACGGAGCUUUUAGCACUCGAGUGCUACCUGGUGGUAGGUGUGCGCUAGCGUAGACUGGAAGAAGUGUGCAGUGGAGAAACUUGUCAAGGUCGGUUCGUACGCCGCUUUUGCUGUGGUGGUCCCCUACGGCGGCCUUGCGAAGGUGUUGUCGCGGUCGCUGACGGAAAUCUUCCCCGAGUGAAGGCUGGGAGAAACUGCGCUGUUCAGGAAAGUUGUUCUGAACGUGCCCGGUAAGACGGAAAGUGCACGCGGCGGGCGCGAUUUUGCUGGCUGGUAGGGUCGAUCUGUUGACGUCAACAUCGUGAGAGUCGCCGUUGUGCUGUUUGCUGCUGGCUGCUCGGUCUAUCUGCAGUCCUUUUUUGUCCUGCUUCUGUCUGUGGGUGCAAGUUGUACAAGUGCUCCUUUAGCAAUCUGCGAGCGAGCGCACUGUGCCAGCGGCAGGGCGGGCAAGAAAGAAACGCGCAAGGAGCGGCGGCAUCGGGAACGACGACUUCCAUUUAAAGAAGUUGGCAGAGCGAUCGAGUGAAUGAUUCUGUUGCGUGCGGUGCUGUGAGCUGCCGUUGCCCGUCGUCUCAUAUCUGAACCCGGUGUCGCGCACACCGGGCCGCGACGGAGCCGAGGAGGAAGGAGGGUGGUGUUCAGGAGAAGAGCUGGCUCGUUGGCGGAGGUGAAGCAGUGGCGUCACUUGUGAGAGUCUUUCCGCCGUCAGGAACGGACACUUCCAGCUCGCCUGGUGGGUUGUGGAAGGUGCGUGUCAGGAAGAAGAUGAUUGUGCAGCCUUUCGUGACCGAAGCACAGUAUCAGCGAUUCUGGUGCUGGCGGCGCUGGUGGGAGAACUGCGGUUUCGGCACGUGAGCGCCCUGUCCGUCGUGUAAGAAGAGGUAAGAAGAGGUAAGAAGAGGCAAGAAGAGGUAGGUAAGAAGAGGAGGUAAGAAGAGGAGGUAAGAAGAGGAGUUAUUGCCGGGGUAUCUGAAUUGUGGGGAUGGUGUCCUUGGGAUCGAAUGACCGCUUCUCUCGUUCGUCGGCCGUGCGUGGUCAUUGUUGCGCCGCUUGUUGCGCCUUGCGCUCACCGUGGUCCGCCGUCAGAGGGGGAGUGCAGUCUGGAUGCUGGUACGGGCGGGGUAAAUGGAAAGGUGAAUAGCUGUCGCUCCCUCUCGGAAACCGUCGGCGCUGUUUCUUAACACUGCCGUCGCGCUCUUCUUGAGACUGCGCUUUCUGUGGUGUGGUGCUGAGGGUGCAAUCGAAGGGGGGAGAUUCAUCUUGUGAACGAACGUGAGUGUGCAUUGGUGUGCUUCCGUCGAGGAAGAAAGAGAGCUUUCAUCGCCACAUGGCGGGCGACUGUCUGAGAAGCUGGCAUCUGUACUUCGGGUGUGUUGUCGUGCUUUGUGAAGGCAAAGGAGGAAGAGGAGUUAUGUAAUCCUUUACGGAUCGCGAGUAGCGAGUGAUGAUGAUGGUUGGCGUUUGAUUUUGAUUUCGAUUUCAUUUGUUGUCAAUUUUCAUUCCGAUUUCAUUUGUUGUCUUAGUGACAGAGUAGUAGAUGGGCUUUUCUCAACCCGAGUCUUUUUUGCGGUGUUUGGUGAAUUCCUUUUUUUAAGGAAGGAGUCCUAGGAGUCCUCAUUUUUCCUAUCGGAGGACUCCUUUGAGGUAUUAGGCUGUUAGUAAUCACAGCGCAGACGAUGACGUAGUUAGUGUGUUUUUUCGUCUACGAGAGAAGGCGGCACGAGUUUUUUUCUCCCAUUGAGUUUGUUGUUUUUACUGUUCUCACUCUCGACCUGUGUUUCUUUGUCUGCCUCAAACUAUCCCCGUUUAUCUCAGGGCGAUCUCUCUUCUGCGUGUACCCAUACUGACCCCGAUAUCAGCCGCUCUGACCGAACACGUGUACAUUCUAAUACGGAUAUACUGCAAAAAAAUGCUGCCAUUUCGCACGCUCUCUCUCAAUGUGCUUCCAGUAUAUAUGGUCGCGCUCUUCCUGAGCUGAGUUGGAGUAAUAGUAUCUAUCGUUUCUUUUCCCGGAUGUCCAUAGGCCGUGUCCAGAAUUGAGGAUUUCUGGCAACAUCAAGGAGAGAGAGUAUCUCGGCUGACGAGGGACGAGAAGGGAUUUGAGCGCUCAACCUGGGCGUAGAAAGAUUUCUGCGGUGGGUUGAGCAGGUCCUGCCCUUGAGGGCGGAUCUCAGGUAUUAUACCUAUCCUUCACGAGAACGUGUUCUCUCUCUGUUUGAUUUUGUUGCUACUUCUAUUAUCUUUCUCUAUCCUGUUUAGUGCAGUGUUUCGUAUCGUAUCGGGCAACGAUGGGGAAUUGUGUGUCGACCCAUCCAGAGAGCUACUUCCCUCGGGACAAGAAGAAGAAAGAAGCGGGUUUAACUCGCAUUUUGAAAGAGACGUGUCAUCAUUUUCAGCGUCAUCAUCGUCAGUCCUCUGUGGCGGGAUUCCGCGGUGCCAACGGGAGGGAAAACCAUGUCGCCUGCGCGAAGCGCAAGAAUUCGUGCUGCGAUAAGUUUCCCGUGGACACGUGGCUCGGCUUUGGGAGGGAUAUAUCGAAGUACGAUCUGGAGUAUGAAGUGGGGAGGGGACAUUUCGGGCACACAUGCGCAGCGACGGUCAAGAAGGGGGAGAGAAAGGGGGAGCGCGUGGCCGUCAAGGUGAUACCGAAAGCGAGACUGAAGACGAAGGAGGCCGUGGAAGAUGUGACGAGGGAGGUGAUGAUAAUGAAAGCCCUCGUGGGACACGACAACGUCAUAAGGUUCUACGAGGCGCUGGAAGACAGCACGAAUGUGUACAUUGUGAUGGAGUUGUGCUUGGGGGGGGAGCUUCUGGACAGAAUGUUGGCCCGCGGCGGUGUUUAUACCGAGCAGGCGGCCAAGCCCGUGAUUCGACAGAUGCUGAAAAUUUUGGCGUGGUUCCACGCCCAGGGAGUCGUUCAUAGGGACUUGAAGCCGGAGAACUUCCUGUUCGCCACCGCAGACGAAGAGGCCACGCUCAAGGUGAUCGACUUCGGCCUGUCGGAGUUCGUCCCUCCGGGUGCUCGACUGUCGGAUAUCGUCGGCAGCGCGUACUACGUGGCCCCGGAGGUCUUGAAGCAAUCGUACGGCGUAGAAGCCGAUUUGUGGAGCGUGGGCGUGAUCUGCUACACACUUCUGUGCGGCGGUCGUCCGUUCUUCGCGCGGUCCGAGUCGCAGGUCUUUGAGGCUGUUCUUGAGGCAGAUCCGCGUUUCGAGGAGGAACAGUGGGGGGCAGUCUCCCCCCUGUGCAUCGAUUUCAUCAAGAAGCUUCUGACGAAGGACUGUCGCGAGAGGAUCAGCGCUGUCCAGGCGCUCUGCCACCCGUGGAUGAUGACCAGUUCGGCUGCUGCCAAUGACAGCUCGUCCCUGUUUCACGCUCCUCCUCCUAAGGACGUGCCGCUGGACACGCGGCUGAUCUCGGCCGUGCAAGAUUUCUCCUGGAUGGAUCCCGCGGGAAGAGACGCGUUGCAAGCGGUGGCGGACACCUUGAAGGAAAAUGAGUUGACGUACCAGAGAAGUCAGUUUGAUCUCUUGGACUCUGACGCCGAUGGGUUCGUGAACGUUGAGGAUUUCAAGAGGGCGCUCUGCCGGACAAUGCGCCCAGGUACCGCGGGGGACAGCGCUGCGCUGACGGCGGGGAGGCGGAGCUGCCAGGUGUCCGCCGCCGGUUCGGACGGCGGCAGACCUCUGUCGUUGUCGACCGCGUUCCGCCGUCUUAUGGCAAUUGCCGAUGGCAUGAACGCGUCGGCAGUGGACAAGAUGAACUUCAAGACGUUCGUCGCGGCGUCGAUUAGUAUGGAACAGUUGGCGAAGGACGUGGGCUGGGAGAAGAGGAAGAAGGAAGCAUAUCGCGUGUUCACGUGCACGGCUAAGAGUACGGACGCUGCGUGGAAGCACAGUUUCCUGCCUGAGAUGAUACAGGAGCUAGCCACAGCUAACCACAGGUCGCCGUAUGACGGCUGCCAUCGUGGCGUGACGGAAGAGGGAUUCGAGCUGAUCUUGCUUAACCCGAAGGCUUUCGGGUCGGGCCAACCUUCAGCGGAAGAAACGUCGGACCAGAUGAUUCAGCAGUCUCGCGCCGCCAUGUACUCUCACCGUUGCUGUGUCGCAGAAGCAGAACUCACGGUACCAGCGUCUUCCCCCGCAGACUCAUCGCCGCCCUCACGCGCCUCUACGUCGGGAUCGGCUUCAUCAGCGGCUUAAAGAGCGGGAAUCGCUGCGGCGGCAGACUGCUAGGUCGCAGAGUGGAGUCGUCGCUUGCCAGCUUUACCAGACUCAAUGUCAAGAAGAUGACGGACGCCAAGGCGGAUUUCCAGAUUGGACCCGGGGUUGGUGGGGGGAAUUGGUUAAGGGUGUGACUUCAGUCCGUCCGGGGAGGGAUGAACUGAACGAUGGUAUCGCACACCCAAUGUAGGGGAUGCGCAAAUCUUCGUCUGAGUCAGGCCGAGCCUCGAUCGAACUCUUGAUUAAAGUCAAUCGGCGCAACUGAGUUCCAAGGGCGCAACUGAGUUUCAGGAGAACGGGAGAGAUCAAUUAUGGUGUGUGAGGAGGGAUGGAAGAUCGUAUGAAGAUCGUAUGAAUUGUUGUAGGGACUCGCAAAUCUUGGAGUUGUUCGUGCCAAGUGUUCAGGACUCUGUGGAGUACGGUGGCGAUCGUGUACGGUUGUGUUGGGGAUGCGGAAGUCGUUGGAGUCGUGCAAGAUUCUUCGGACUCUUGAGAAAGGUGUAUUGCUGGGAACUGAGGUUCAUGGGAGGACGGGGAGUGAAGUUGGUACUGCAGUUGGUGCGAUGAAGAACGUAUGAUGCAUGUGUAUGUUUGGGGCGGGGGGGGGGGGAGAGGAGAAGGGAAGAAGGGAGUAGGCGUUUUAGGGGGAGACGGCGGGGGCCGAAGGGGAAAGGGGGUGGGCGGGGAGCGCCUGAGAGGAAGGAUACAGUUGGGUGCAUUGUAUAUUACAGAGUGUGUUCUGUUUGCUUCCUAUGCGUGCUGGGUACGGUCGAUGUGUUGUCGGAUUGUUUUAGACAGUAGAUGUAGAACGACCGGCUUGGGAGGCCGGCGAGUGUGGGCAUGUUGGUUUUCGUCAUUCGCACAUGCCAAUGCUGUAGAAGUCGGUUCUUUAAUCAUUGGGAUUGGUGUGUGGGUCUUGUGUUUUUCGAGUAUUCACGUCACAGGUACUUUGGGAGGGUGUAAAAUCUGGCGUACCUCGUCGUCUUGCUUUCGGCGCUCCCGGCCGAUUGUGGGCGGAAAAACGUGGUGUGUAGCUCUUGGUCUUUUGUUUUUCUAGCAUUCCCGUCCCACGGACUAUGGGUGGAAGAAGUGUAACAGUAUUUGUUUUUUUUUUUAGCAGUGAGCCAUGUGCUAUUUUUUUUUUUUUUCAUGAAAUGUAGGUGGUGUAUGCGUUCUGGACUGGUAGCGGCUGGAGUGAAGUGCUUGGGAAUCACCUCCUCUCGACUGGGCGUCGUUCUCGCCGUCGUGUCGUCGCAUAAGUGCGAAGAGCGUUGUCCAGUCGAGCCCGCGAGAAUUUGUCGUCAUCGUUGCUCUAGUAUAAGCGCGAAGAGCGCUGUCCUUUCAUCGGUCAUAUGAUCAACAACGAUAGAGUCAUUGGCAGUUAGUUCUUACUCCUGCUAAUUCGCGGUUUCAUUGGCGGGGCUUUGGGUCUUGGGGGGGGGGCGCCAUAUUCGCGUGCGUGCGAAGUGCGCCCACACGAGUAGAUCUGCAGAACGAGUGUAUGGACACACCAUUUCUUUGAUCAAUUCUUUGUAGCGGGCGGCGACAACGGGGAUGAGCAGGCAGGUGGGCAUCAGGAGGGAGAUUUGGUUCUCGGUGUGUGGCAUCCCAACGAGUUCGUCUCUUUGGAGAGCCAUUUCGCACUCCUGAUUUCCUAUCAGUUUCUUGCUGUCUUCUAAUCAAAAGUGUGUGUGUGUGUGUGUGUGUGUGUGUGGAGAGAAAGGAGUAGACCUUUUUCCUCGGUACUUGAGAACAGCCGUCUGCACUUCGCUGGAAGUGAUGGGAUGUCUGUUUCUUACACUGUCAUCUAUUCAAUUGUGUGUGUGUGUGUGCGUGUGUGUGUGUGGGAGAGAGAGAGAGGGAGAGAGAUGGGGAGAUGAGGGGAGGAGUAGGUGUUCUUUCGGUAGUAGGGGACAGUCGUCACUUAGUCGGAAGUGGCGUAUGAGGAGAAGACGACCAUGGCGGUAAUGGAUUGGUUCUUGAAAGUCCUUUCCGCUGACAUGAUGUCGUGUUUGUAAAUAUCAUAUUCGUUCUAUAUUUGGCAAUAAGACCAAUCUCCCCUGCUGUCGAGUCCCCUAUAUGUGUGAGAGGGGGAACUGGCGGGUGGUGAGGUGUGUCCGCAAGCGACUUGUCUCGCCUGUGUGAGUCGGUGAGCGUCUGCUUUUCGUUGCUCAGCUGCUUUCCUCCGUGUGCGUUGCUCAGCUGCUUUCCUCCGUGUGCGUUCGAGCGAGAGGGGCAAUGAGAGAACUUUUUCCUCCGUGUGCGUUUCUGAUGGAAGCGAACUGGCCAAUAGAAGAGGAGCUUGGCGACUUGAUUUUUUGAAUGUGUGCUUCAUCUCCGUGGGUGAUGAAAAAUAGGUUCUCGACUGGGUGUUCUGUGCCUUGGAGCGACAGGGGGGGAGUGAGAGAGACGCUUGCCUACGAGGGAGAGGGGGAGGUCAGAGAGAGAAUCCUUGCCUUGUCGGCGUGUCUGAUGAAAAAGAGCUUCGUGAGUUGUGUUCUAUGCAUGCGAGUGACAGAGGGAACCUUGCCAGAGAGGGAGAGGGGGAGUGUGAGAGAGAGAACCUUGCCUUUGAGCGAGAGGGGCGGAAUGUGAGAGAACCACUUUCUCUGUGCGUGUAUGCGAUAGAAGGGGAAGAGGAGACGGAGCUUAGCGAGUUGAUUUGAAAAAGGUUUAUCUGCUUGUGGACGAUGAAUGCGAUGCGGGAAGGGGAGUAGCCUCCCGAGGAGUUUGCGUACAUUUUUUUUUUCCUUAAUUUUUUGGUGCUGAGGAAAUUGGAAUUCG